AUGGACGGAGAAAUAUUUUUUCAAUUCUCAAAGGAAGAAAUCAACAGAUCUGCGGAACCUUUCCGCUUCUCGAUUGUGAUCAAGUUCCUCCGCCAACGUCCCUCUCUCGAUGCGAUUCGUGCGUUCAUUGCCAGUCGAUGGGGUCUGUCUUCUAUCCCGGAGGUUUCCUCUAUGAAAUUGCCCCGAAACGUCUUCAUCAGAUUGGCUACGGAAGCAGACUUUGUGAAAGCCCUGUCCCGUGAAUCAUGUGAAGUGAAUGAAGUGGCUUACCGUGCGUUCCACUGGUCUCCUGAUUUUAAUGAGGAACAUGAACCUUCUAAUGUUCCGGUGUGGAUCCUCCUUCUCGGAUUACCCCCCAACUUUUAUCAAGAAUCAUUCAUUCGGAUCUUCACCGCUUCGCUUGGUCGAUUCAUACGCAGGGAUAAUUCCACGCGUUGUGCGACCCGAACUGAUGGAGCUCGGCUUUGCUUGGAGAUGGAUACUGCUAAGGAGCCGAUUUCGUACUUCUGGAUUGGCACUCCUGGUCUGGCUACGAGCAGAAAACAAGAGAUUAUUUUUGAGAUGUUACCGGCGUAUUGUGGUAAGUGCAAAGUGCAGGGACAUAACUCUAAGACCUGUCGAGCAGGUAAACCCAAGCAGGAGGAACGAAACCGGGGACGAAACAAAGAAAAGGAUGAAUCGGGUGGAAACACUUCAUCUCAGAAAGAGGAUGGUGAAAUAAAUAAUCCUAUGUUUUUACUUCCCGAAACAAAGGCUGCUGAACCUGUGGCGCCAUGUGAGGAUGCAGUUAAAACUCAACAUGGGAUUCAUGAUCAGGAACGUAUGACUGGGGAAUAUGUUUCUGGUGGACCAAGUUCUGAUAAUAAACGGGAUGGUGAGAUUCCAGUUCCUACUUCAGAGACUGAGUCCGCUGGUGCGCUACCGAAUGGUCUGGAACAGCCUGGGAACAGCUUGGAAAUUCACUCUGAUCUGGGGAAGAAUAUGGAACUCAAUACUCAUUGUAUUAGAGAAGUGAUAGUGCCUUCGGAGGCUGCAGGUAACCUUCUGAACCAAAAUGAUAUUUUCUCCUUUAAUGUUGAAUCGCUUCCUACUCUGAUUCUAGAGGAACCUGCCUGCAUUACGAUUGAGGAUAAUGAACUGAAUUUACCUACUAAAAGUAGCAAGGAAAAUAUUGACAAUUAUCCUGAAGAUAUUGUCUCUGAGCCGGACCCUGAUAUCCCUCCAGAUGUGUUACCUCUUUAUAAGGAGUACCAUUCGGAGUCUGAAGAUAAACAGUUUUUAUUAACUAUCAUCUAUGUUAAGUGUAGUAUGUACGAGAGGAAAAUUAUGUGGGAGGACCUUAGCUCCCAAGCUAUGGGAUCGGCUCCUUGUUUGUUUGUUGGAGACUUUAAUAUUAUUCAGAAUAACUCGGAGAGAAGGGGUGGAUCUCCUAGAUCUAAUGCGGCGAUGUCGGACUUCAAUGAUUGGAUUCACCAAGGUGGAUUGGUUGAGAUGAAUUCUAAAGGCAGUAUUUUUUCUUGGUGUAAUGGGCAGUCGGGUCUUGCUAGGUCUUGGGCUAAGCUGGAUCGUGUUCUUAUGGAUUUUUCUUUGCUUUCGUAUUUCCCGAAUGCGGUUUGCUCUUACUUGCCAAGAACAACUUCUGAUCACGCCCCCAUGGUUAUUGAGUUCAAGUUGGAUCCUUCUUCUUAUGGCCCUUCGCCUUUUCGCUUUCAACAAAUGUGGGUGGAUCAUCCUCAAUUCUUGUUGUGCGUCAAGCAGGCUUGGUCUGCUACUUUUGAUGGCCAUGGGCUCUCUAAAUUGGCUUUUAAAUUGAAGAUUACUAAGGGAUCCCAGAUUAGUUUGUUACCUGAUUUAUCAACUCUUAUUUCUCCUAUUAUUUCUGAUUCUGACAAUUUGAUGUUGUGUGGGAUGCCUUCUAUGAAGGAAGUGUCUUCUGCUCUUUCUUCUAUUCCUUCUAACAGUUCUCCGGGACCUGAUGAUUUUAGCUCGGGCUUUUUCAAAAGCUGUUGGGAUAUUGUUGAUACUCCCUCUGGGUUUGAUAAAUUUAGGCCAAUAAGCCUUUGCUCGGUGUUCUAUAAAAUAUGCUCCAAAAUCAUUGUUAAUCGGCUGACAGGUCUCCUCUCUAGAAUGAUUUCGUGGGAACAAGGAGCUUUCAUUCCAGGGAGAAGUAUCUUUGAUAAUAUUACCAUUACUCAGGAAAUGAUUCACUCCAUUAAUAAAAAGGCCCAUGGUGGUAAUAUCAUGAUUAAAUUAGAUAUGGCUAAAGCUUACGAUCGCGUGGAGUGGUUGUUUCUUCUGGAGGUUCAUCUGGAAGAUAUGCUGGCUAAUAUCCAAAAGAAAAUUUCGGGGUGGAAGAUGAUAUUUCUGUCGAUGGGUGGCCGUCUUACCUUACUUCGUCACGUUAUUUCUAGUAUGGCUCUUCAUCUUUUUGCUGUCCUUCAUGUCCCUCAAGCUACUAUUAAAAACAUUCACCGGAUGAUGAGUACUUUCUUUUGGGGGGAGCAUAAUGGCAAAGGUAAGAAAAAAUGGGUGGCCUGGAAUUCUAUCUGCCGUCCCGUGGAGGAAGGAGGUUUGGCGCUUAGAAACCUCGAUGAUAUGCAGAAAGCCCUUCAUGCCAGAUUUGCUUGGAAUCUUAUUCAAGGCUGUUCUUAUUCCAAUUCGGCGUUGCAAAACUAUCAUCUGGAAUCGUCCUUCGGAGGGAUGGGUCAGCUUAACACAGAUGGCAGCAGUUUGGGUAACCCUGGUGCCUCAGGGAUAGGUUCUAAUAAUCGGGCUGAACUUCUAGCCCUUCUUCAUGGGCUCCAGGUUUGUAAAUCUUUAUCUCUUAAUUUUGUGCAUAUUGAGCUUGAUUCUAUGAAUGUUAUAUCCUGGUGGAAGAGCAAGAGAUGUGGGGUGUGGUAUCUGGAGGAUUUCUGGGAGGAAAUUAUCGACAUUAUCGACUCCAUAACCUAUUCGAUAAACCAUGUUUUUAGAGAGGGAGAUAAAAUCGCUGAUUGGUUAGCCAAACAGGGAGCUUCUGGAAAAGACUUAGCAGUUUCGCAUUUAACGGAGACCCCCCGUGCAUUGCGGGGUCUUAUCCGUAUGGAUUACUCAGGUUUACCGUCUUUGCGUUUUAGUUAG